CCCAAUUGUAUAUUGUUCUUUCUUUGGACAUAAAGGGAAAUAUGCAAGGCUUACGUUCUUAUCGAUUGUCUCUUGUGAGCCGUCGACUUUUUCACUCUUCAACACCUUCACACUUCUUCAACUAUUUGAGAGAUGGUGUCCAAAAGGCAAGACAACAAGAAGUUGAUCGAAAACAGUUUGAGCUUUUAAAAAUACAGUGCAGAUAUAUUUUACAGGACCCACCUCUCAAUCCAAACAACUAUUUGGAACUACUAAAGGAAGCUCGACAACUGUUGAAAUUCAAAGGAUUGCGUGAGAAGUUUGAUGUCGUCAAACAGGACCCUUUUUAUAAAGAAAUUGCUCAGGAUGAGAAGAUAAUUGGAGCUAUGACUGCAGAAGAAAGAUUAGAUCUGUUUCGGGUACAGAGAUUGCAAAUGAGAAGAAUAGCAGAAACUGCAAAAGUGAAUGAUGAGGUGGUUGCUGCUUUCAAAGAAAGAAUUAUUGGUCUUCAGAAACUUCAAAGAAGACUACGCAGACGUCGGAUGAAAGGGUUACCGUGUCCUAAGACUCCGGAAGAGUUGUUUCGGGCAGUUCAAGACGGUGAUACAGAAAUACUUGGAGAAAGAAUUGGUGAAAGAGCACCUCCAAGAAUGUAUUAUAGAGAAGCCGGUGCAUUUGUAACAAAAUAAAAAACCCGCUCAUUGAAGAAAAUUGUUUAAAAAAUG